AUGGAAACAGACGCGGACAGGGUGGAGGCUCUAACGAUACUCCGGUCUCGGUUGCCUGCGUUUCGCGACAGUCAUUUGCAUGUCGCAGUUGCCACGACAGCUGCCGCGCCAGUGCCAGCAGUUGCACCAGCCGUGGUGGCUACUGAAGCCGCCACGCCCUCACCGACGUCCAGGCUGGCAACACCUGACAAGCCUGUCGAGGUCGAGAAAACCUCGCGGAAGCGCCCAGCCGCGGCCGUAGAGGACACUCCCUCCCCCCAGGCAAGUUCCGGUCGCGCCAAGCGGAAGAAGAGGAGGGUACGCCGCAGAAUGACGACUGCAUCACCGAGGAAGCCGGAUGAAGAAGGCUUCAUCGCGCCCUCCCGUCGCCACACGGCGAAACCCAGGUCGUUUGGACCGGUGACGCCAGAACAGGUCGAGGUUGCAAACCGUUUUGCAGAUCUAUCGCCGAGACCGACGGGGACGGGACAACACCGACUACGGCGACGAAACCGCCCCGCCGCCCUCCGCUGA